UGCAUGCACGUGUAUACGACCUUAACAGGCAAGUGCUCGAAGUCCGAUACGUCAAAUGGAAAACUUUUACUUUCGCGCGUUAUAUUGAAAAACUGUUAGCGAUUAGUGUCUGUGAACGUGUGUAUCAUGCUUAAGUGAAACUUCGAAAAAAUUAAGUUUUACGAUCGUCGGAAACCAUUGCAAAAUGUACCUAUGUUUGUAUUUUAUUAUUUGGAGCGCUGCUUUCGUGUCAACUCAAGCCCAAGAUGAAAAGCGCUGUGGCCAUCCAGCUGUGCCACCUAACGCAAGAGUAUCACUAUCAAAUAGUGUCAGUGUGCCUGGAACUCUGGCCACAUAUGAAUGUGACGAGGGUUAUGAACUCUUCGGAAGUCAUCAGAAAGAGUGCACCAUAAGGGGCGAUUGGAAAGGAGAUUCACCAUUUUGUGGAACAAAUGUAGCAUUCCGCAAGCCAGCGAAUCAAUCAACAACUGUACGGGGUGGUAUGGCAAGUAAUGGUAAUGAUGGCGAAAAGACCACGGAACAUGAUGGAAAGAGGUGCACGGAGACACAGAGGGAGGCUUCUCCGUGGUGGCAGGUCGAUCUUCUGCGGCAUUAUGCUGUGAAAGUUGUCAGAGUUACAACUAGAGGUUGCUGUGGUCAUCAACCGUUACAGGAUCUCGAGAUACGAGUGGGAAACAGCAGUACCGAUCUCCAGAGAAAUCCUUUAUGUGCCUGGUUCCCUGGUACCAUAGAUGAAGGAAUAACAAAGACUUUCACAUGUGCCCGACCGCUCAUCGGACAACAUGUGUUUUUGCAACUUGUUGGCGUCGAAGGGUCCCUUUCGCUUUGCGAAGUUGAAGUAUUCACGACUGAGGAAUUUUCGAACGACCGGUGUGCGCCUCCCGGAACCUCAGCUGACGUAGAGCUAGCAGCUUUUUCAAGAACCUGCUACGAAUUCAAUGUUGCCAAGGGCGCAUCGUUUGAAGAUGCGAGAAAACAAUGCCAGUCACAUGGUGGUGACUUAAUAAAUGGGUUUCAAGGUGCAACAUCAAGUUAUCUCAUUCAAGAAUUGGAACGUCGUAAAUCACAGCUGAAAACACAACUUGUAUGGAUAGGCGCACAAAAGGAGCCUGGCCUUACGUCAAGAACAUGGAAAUGGGUUGAUGGCGAAAUAGUUUCUAAGCCAACGUGGGGCAAGGAUCAACCAAACAAUUACAAUGGCGAACAAAACUGUGCCGUAUUAGAUGGCGGACGAGCCUGGCUAUGGAAUGAUGUUGGAUGCAAUCUGGAUUAUUUGCACUGGAUCUGCCAGUACCUGCCGCCAUCUUGUGGGAGUCCUGAUAAACUACUAAACACUACGAUCGAAGGGAACAGUUACAAAGUAGGAGCUACAAUUGCUUAUAAGUGUCCAGAAGGUCAUAUGCUGAUUGGUGACAAGACCAGGGAAUGUAAAAAGAAUGGUUUUUGGUCAGGCGCCGCUCCUAGCUGCAAAUAUGUCAACUGUGGUGGCCUUACGCCAAUCCAGGACGGUGAAGUCACAUUAGUUGAAGGGCGUACAACACACGGUGCGAAAGCUGUUUAUUCUUGUCGUGAAAAUUAUACCCUGGUUGGAGACACUGAGAGGACUUGCGGAGACGAAGGUUUAUGGGGCGGAGAGACUCCUAAAUGUCUCUUUGACUGGUGUCCUGAUCCUCCUCUUGUUACUGGAGCCACAGUCACUGUCGAUGGACAUAAAGCGGGGUCCUUAGCGACGUACAUAUGCCAAAAUGGAUUCAUUCUAUUUGGAGAGCCGAGCAUGACAUGUACUCUGGGUGGCGUCUGGAGCGGCAAUACACCUUCCUGUAAAUAUGUUGAUUGUGGCACACCGGCUCAGCUCUAUAAGGGUUCCUUUAAGUUGCUUAACGGAACAACUACGUAUGAGUCUCUAGCACAAUUCAACUGUGAGCCAGACUAUUGGCUGGCAGGAGCUGAAAUUUUAACGUGCAAUCGAGAUGGAAAAUGGUCUCAUGACAUUCCAGCAUGUGAAUUGAUAACCUGCGACACCCCUGAUGUUCCGCCAGGGGGUUAUAUGGAAGCCUAUGAUUAUAAUGUACAUUCAACUAUCGAUUUCCAUUGCGAGAAGGGACACAAAUUGGUCGGCGAGCACAGUUUAAUAUGUCAACCGGACGGUGAAUGGUCGGGUGAAUCUCCAAAAUGUGAAUACGUUGACUGUGGAAAGCUUCAGACAUUACCUUAUGGAAUGGCUGAAUUCCUGAAUAGCACCACUCACUUAGGCAGCAUUGUACAGUACUCUUGCACAGCUAAUUACCGACUAGUAGGUCCUGUAAAGAGAGUGUGCUUGGACACCUAUCAAUGGAGCGAGUUCUCACCUAGAUGUGAAGAGAUUAGAUGCCCUGAACCAAUUGUGGCUGAAAACAGCAUAGUAUCAGUCACUGGUAACGACCGAAUACACGGCCGAACACUCAUUCGCACGUCUGCCAGUUCAAAGCAGACCUACCAGAUCGGGGCUUUGGUGAAAUACCGCUGUGAAAGAGGCUAUAAAGUAGUUGGCGAGAGUUUGUCGACUUGCGAGGACAACGGACAAUGGAGCGGAGUUACACCUCGCUGUCAAUAUGUUGAUUGUGGCAACCCAGCUCGGUUACAAAAUGGCAAGGUGACUCUUGCGACGAAUGCUACCUACUAUGGAGCGGCGGCCCUCUACGAAUGUGACGAACAUUGGCAACUAGACGGGGUUUCGAGAAGACUGUGCCAAGACAACGGCACCUGGAGUUCAGAAGCACCUGUUUGCAAAGAAAUAACAUGUAACGAUCCUGCAAUUCAAAUUAAGGGAAGCGUAGGGCUUAUCGUCGUGACGUCAACACUAAGUGUUGGCGGUGAAGCUCAUUACCGGUGUGACAGAGGUUACAGUUUAAAGGGAAUCCAGACUCGUACUUGCUUACCAAAAGGGCAAUGGAGUGGAGCACCUCCUGUUUGCUUCCCCAUUGAUUGUAAAUCCCCGGGUACUAUGGAGAAUGGGCGCAUAAUCAUAUCAAAUAGCUCUACGCUAUUUGGAAGUUCUAUAGAGUACCACUGUCUUCCGCAAUAUCAGAGAGUCGGACCAUUCCUACGUAAAUGUCUAGAUGAUGGAAAGUGGUCAGGAGAGGAACCCCGCUGCGAGCUGGCUAAAAAUGAAGCUGCAGAAGGCGGGACUCUACCUCUGAGCGUUGGAGUUGGCUGCGGCAUAGUUCUCUUCCUAUUGAUGUUAUUGGGAGUCAUUUACCUAAGACUUCGUAAAGCUACACCUGUAAAGAAUACUGAAAACAUAGAAGGUGCUGAGAGGAAAGAAGAUCAAAAUGCAGCCGUGAUGAGUUAUGCUUCACUACAUGAUACCCAUGGAAGGAAUAUAUAUGACCACGUGACUGACAAUCUAUAUGAUUCUCCCUACAGUGGAAGCCUCGCUGAAAACUCUGCUUACGGACGACGAAGCGACACUGACUCAGCUUACGAGCCAGAACCUACCGGACCCAACGCAGUGGUCACUAUAAAUGGUGUUGCCGUUCGUUGAUAUCCCGCUAGAUCGAGGUCACAUUAUGCGAUGGAUAUAAUAUUGGAAACACCAGGUAACAUAACAAGACGUGAUAUAUGUCAUAGAAUUGUAAGGACAAUUGGAGAUAUAAUCGGAAACAUAGCUGGAAUAACGAAUCGUUCUGAUUACUUUUACGCAAUCAAUACCGUUCCUUUGGUAUACUUACUAUCUUAUGUUUUUGGGGAACUAUCAUCAUCGUUUAGGUCUUUUUACGAUUAUUUUUCCCGUUAAAAUAAGUUUACACAGACAAUAGUGUAAUUUAAAAUGAACUAUUUAGUAUUAAUCUUUGCAACUAUCAAAUUAGAAAACUUUUGUAAACUAUUUCGAAGAUCGUAUUAAUUAAGUGCGUAUUUUAAAUUUCAAACCAAGUCAAUUUGGCGAGACUGGUUCCAGCAUAAAAUCUGGCCUUCAUCAUUUCCACGAUUCGAACUGCAUUUGAGUGACCUGACACCGACAAUCAUCUAAAAAAGCUAUUUUUAUAAGAUAAAGUAAACUAAUACCUUCAUUUAGCCGAAUAAUUAAGAAACUCGCUAGGUAGAAAAUAAGACUUCUCAGCUACAAAACAACACUUAUUGUUGUAGAUUAACCUUGACUUAUAGAAUCAUUCCCUAAAACAUAGCAAUGAUAUUAGAAAACAUGAUGGUUACCAUUUUCCUUGAAUGUAUUCAAAAUUUUCAAAAUUAAGGUAGUGUUAUUUAUCACUGUAUAUAUUUUAAUUGGUAGUAUUUUUAAAUUACCAGCUGUCAGUAUAAUAGGUAUGUAACCAAAGAUAUCGAGAGUUGAAUAAACUCAGGCGAAAGUUCUAUCAGCUCCUUUUUUCAAAUAAUAUAAAUUCUUGAUACUAUUGUUGUAUGUACUUUCAUAAUUAGAUUGUUGUAGUAAUAAAUAUAACUAAAGCUUUUCCUCUUAGAUUAAUAAGUUCUAAGCUCCGGAUACUACGACAAUGCAUUCGGCUGGUACAAAAUAAGGUGUUGAUCCAAUAAGUAAUGUGUUAAAACCCUGUAUCUGGGAAGAGCCAAUGAUCCAGCAUACUAAUCCCAGAGCAAAAAAGUAUAUAGGUAACAUUUAAAUCUUUGUUGCUUGUCCAGUAGAGUAUAUGUAUGUGUAAGUUCAUAAUGAAAUUAAGCCCGAAUAGUCAAUGUUUCUCUGUGUAAAUUAAAUUGUUCGAUUCUUGCACUCGUAAAUUGCUAGAUUCACCAACUAGUAUAUCAAAAUAAUCUUGUUAAAAUCUAUAUACACUAAACCGUAAAAAUACGAUGUACUCUUUACUCCCUAUACCUUCCUAUUUUUCUCAGUAUUUAAGUACUUGUUUAAAUAUAACAGCUAGUUGUAACUUAGAUGAUAAUAAAUGUA